UCUUAAGAUGAAGUAAACAAUGCAAAAUUUUCAUUUUUCAUUACGAAAAACGUUUAAUUUUUUGCUAUUUUGGAAAAUUUAAAUCAUUUAGAAAUAUAUUUCGAAGUGUUCGGAUGAUAAAAAUAACCAUAGCUGACCUCCUGAUAUCAGAUAAGUAGAUUUUUCGCCUAUCUGCUUUUGUGUUUGUGCCAACCGAAAAUCAAAUCAUGUCUCGUGCCAACUACUCAGAAUCUGACGAAGAUUCCGGUUCGGAAUCCGAUAGCAACGCUAGCUCUUCUAGUAAAAGUUCGUAUCAAUCUACAAAAAACCAGAAAAGCCCAGCAUCCGAUUCUGAAAAUGAAAACGCACCCUCAAAACCUGCAGGCAGAGUUCGUAAGUCGACUGAUAGAUCAGAAGCUACUUCGCAGUCACCUAGUUCGGCUCGAUCUGGAAGUCCAGCUUCAGGUUCAGCGUCACCGGUAUCUGCUCGUUCUCGAGCAUCUUCUGUAUCAGAGCAUUCUCCUAAACGAUCUCCGAGCCCGGCAGGUUCCGAAGCUUCUCAUAAAUCUGCCACUUCCCGAAGUCGUUCGAGCUCACCGGUGACUCGAGAGCGAACCAGAAGCGAAAGCGUGGCGGCUUCGCAGCAAAGCCAAUCUAGUCGUUCUCCCAGUCCGUCCGGUUCAGAAGCAUCGCCAUCUAGAAGACGCAGAUCAUCGAAUAAAUCUGAUACUCCUCGAACUGCACGUUCUGGCAGUGCUGUAUCUGCUCAUUCGGCUCGAUCUGGUAGCGCAGAAUCGGCUCAUUCGCGAUCAUCGCAUGUUUCUCGACGAUCUGCGAGAUCAGGCAGUGCUCGUUCGGCACGUUCGGCUACUUCAGGCCAUUCAGGUUCUCCAGUAAGGAGUCCUUCUGCCGGUUCCGCUAAGUCGGCCGGUUCCGGUAGCCCUCAUUCUGAUCGGUCUGGUAGUAGAGCUCGGUCACGAACACCGUCGCCAUCUUCGCCGAAAUCUCGAGCUUCUGGAAGUCCAUCAGUUCAUUCCGGUAGUCCGAAAUCUCCACGAUCGGAUCACUCAGCCAGCCCGGCUCGAUCUAGAUCUGCGUCACCGGCUGGUUCAGCGAAAUCGGGUAGUCCAGCUUCACGAAGAUCUGGUACUCCGGCAUCUCAUCGAUCUGGUACUCCGGCAUCUCGUCGAUCUGGUACUCCAGCGUCUCACCGAUCUGGUACUCCAGCUUCUCACCGGUCUCGUAGUCCAGCUUCUCACCGAUCUCGUAGUCCAGCUUCUCACCGGUCUCGUAGUCCAGCUAGUAGCGAUUCGGGAUCGCCCGUUGCUAAAAAGAGAUCGAAAUCCGAUAGUGGUGGAUCGGAUAGUGAUGCUUCUAUUAAAAAACCAAAAACUAAGAAAACCCUGGCUAGUGAUGAAAGUGGCAAUGAUAACAAAAGUGAUUCAGAUAGUAGUGAAAAGAUCAAGAAAAAGGUUAAACAUAAACGAAUCAUGGGAUCCGAUAGCGAAGAUGAUCAAAAAAAGAAAUCCGGUUCCGAUGACAGUGGAGAUGAUGCAGGCGGAGCCAAAGCUGAUGACUUGUUCGGAGAUGCCGAUGAUAUUAGUUCCGACGAAGAUGGUGAUAAAGCUGCUCGAGCUCAAAAAAGAGGUUUAGAUGACGACGAUGACGAAGAAGGAGAUCUAGUCAUAGCUGAAAAAGAUGAGAAUGAGAAACCAGCCGGAGAAGACGAAGAAGAAGAAGAGCCCGUUCCAGAGCGUAGAAUCGACGUAGAAAUUCCUAAAAUUAGUUUCGAUACCGGCAGAGAUAUUCAUUUCAUGAAAAUGCCCAAUUUCUUAUCCGUUGAAACUAGACCUUUUGAACCUGAUACUUACGAAGAUGAAAUUGACGACGAAGAAACGUUAGACGAAGAAGGUCGUGCUAGGCUAAAAUUGAAAGUAGAAAAUACGAUUCGAUGGCGUUACGGUUAUGAUAAAGAUCACAACGUUAUAAAAGAAAGUAACGCUAGAUUCGUUCGAUGGUCAGAUGGUAGUAUGACGUUACACGUUGGAUCAGAAAUUUUCGAUGUUUAUAAACAACCGUUUGUGGGCGAUCACAAUCACAUGUUCGUUCGUCAAGGUACCGGUCUCCAAGGGCAAGCUGUAUUCCGAACAAAGCUCUCCUUCCGACCUCAUUCUACCGAAUCGUUUACGCACAAGAAGAUGACACUAUCGUUAGCUGAUCGAUCACAAAAAACCAGCGGUAUUAAAGUAUUAAGUCAAGUUGGAGCUGAUCCAGAACACAAUCGUGAAGAAAAAAUUAAACGAGAAGAAGAGAAACUACGAGCUUCAAUGCGUAGAGAAAGCAAACAGAAAAGGCUCAAAGAGAAAGGAUCUAGUCGAAGCAUAUCAUCCAAUUACUUGGAACCCGAUAGAGAAGAUGCUUCUGACGAUGAAAACGCUAUUUCGUUAUCCGCUAUUAAAAAUAAAUACAAGAAGAAUUCCGGAGCAGAAACUCGACGUAAUAUUUAUUCCUCAGAUGACGAUGAUUCUGAUUUCGAAACUAAACGUAAAAAGCCCGAAAAACUUAAAGCCAUCUCAGAAUCAGAUGAAGGUUCCGGUUCCGAAGCAGAGAAAAGUAAAAAAUCCUCUGAAUCUGAAAGUGAACAAAGUAAAGCUGCUAGUGCCAGUGGUAGUGCUAGUGGUAGUGCUAGUGAAUCCGAGGACGAGUAAAUUCCUCUGUGUAAAUAGGUGAAUUUUAUAUCAAGAUCCAGAAUAUUACUCCAUGAUAUAAGGUAGUAAUUGUUACCUGCUUUCGCCAAGCUGAGAUUAUGUUUGAUACAUUAAUGAAUAACCACGAUGUGUUACGUUUUUUAGUUGUUUUAUGAUACAAAAAGUGAACUUUUUACAAGUCCAAUAGUAACUUUGUUGUUCGAUGUGUAUAAAAGGAAAAAUAUGUAAAUGUGUAUUUUUAAUUUUAUUCAAUGUAUUUUUUUUGAUAGAGUUGUCUUUCAACUUUGAUAAUCACCUAUCUCUAUAAUUUUUUAUACCUUAGUGUAAUAAAAUCUUCUGUUAGAUAAUG